AUGGUAGUUGCCAAGAACAUAGCCGCGGAUAGCAUCGAGGAGGCGAUACAGCUUAUAAUCCCUUAUGCAGAGAGUUUAGAUAGUUUAUACAGGGCCAUAUACUUGAAAGGAUGGCUGAGUGGACUGGGUGCUUCUGCGGUACUUAGAGCCAUGGCAGAGAACCCUCCUUCAUCUUUAACAAACAAAUUUGACAAGAUCAUCCACAUUGACUGCUCGAGGUGGAAAAGCCGAAGAGGAUUGCAGAGGAGAAUCGCAGAUGAGCUCAAGCUUCCCGAACAUGUAAUGGCUCUUUUUGAUACGCAAGACGAGGAGGAUGAUUUCAGCAAGAUAGAUGAAUGCUCGCGAGCUGAGAUAGCAGAGGUCACGAGAGUGAUACUUGGAUCCCUUUUACAACACAGAUGUUUAGUUCUGUUUCUCAAUGGAAGUAAUGACAGUGUUGACCUAUAUGGUUGUGGCCUUCCUCCACUUGAAGUAUCUGGUACUACGGUAUUGUGGACCUUUGGAGGGAGGCUACGUUGCCCUACCAAUGAAAUUACAGAUAAGAUAGACACAUCAAACAUUGUUCUAAGUAUGAACACUGUCAUGUCUAAAUAUUCCAACUUUCUAGUUUGGGAAGAGGCUAAGGAGAUCUUAUUGUAUACACAUAAGUAUGGCUUUGGCAUCACACCGGAAAUAGUGACACAGUGCCUUUUGUAUCUGUUGACACUGGAUAGCAACAGAGGCAGCGAAAUCAUGGACUACAAUUGGGCGACCCAUGCUUCCAAUUACUGGGUUUGUGAUGGUAUUAUUGUAGGAGACCAAUACAAGAGCAAGGCAUGGAAGGUUGCUCGUGCUCUGCGUCAGGAGAUACAACUAGAGGACUACUCGUCUACUAGAGAGCGGGUAUUUUCUGGUGAAAAGUUUGAUAGUCCUCCUAAUCGUUGGAUUUUUACCACCAACCAUGAUAUGCAGAUCGAAACACCUCCAGGUCAAGGCACAACGUCCCUUUUCCUCGCAUGGCAACAUGGGUCUGAAUCUGAUCAGCCAGUUGCCGCAUCCUUACUUAGUGACAUGUUCCAUCAAGCGGACCAACUUCGCGUGCUGAAACUCUGUCAAUGCUCCUUUAGCUUUUCGACACCUCCUUUCCAUUGUUGUCGCAACUUAAGGUUCCUUGGGCUGGACAGAUGCAUGGACUCAACCCAAGGAGGAGAAGUGAAGGAGAAAGAUAGACAAGCCGCGUUGGAAAUUUUUCAGAGGCUAUGGGUACUGGAUGCAUGCCAUACAAACUGGGAAUUGGAUUUUCCCGACGAAACAGAUGAGCAAAUUGGUCCAAACAUGCGAGAGAUACACAUAAACAAGGGAAGGAUUUGGCAAAAAAAUCUUUCAUGGAGGCGACUCCAGAACCUUCACAAGCUUCGAGUAAUUGAGCCUACCCGCUCUUGGGUGACAGGAGAAAUGGACGAAUUCACAGAUAUGGUGAAGUUGGAGCACCUUGACCUUUCUGGAAAUAGUACCAUACAAGUUCUGCCGACCUUGAGUAGGGCGACUAGCCUCAAGAACCUGGUCCUAGAUGGUUGUGUCGGGUUGAAGCAAGUUGGCCCUGAAGGUCUACCUUCAUUACUUGAAACUUUUUCCUUGGAUGUAGGGUCAGACCCAAAGGUUGAAGCCAAACUUGUCAAGAUCUCUUUGGCAGGAUGUGUACAUUUGAAGAUUUUCUUGUUGCGUGGAGCACUGCCAAAGCUAGAAAAAUUAAACCUAUCAGGAACAUCAAUCAGAAAAGUUGACCUCAGUGAUGAGGUGGUGCAAGUGCCAGGACUGGAGAAAGUCUUUCUAAUGGGAUGUAAACAACUUCGUGCAGUAAUGUGGUGGAAGUUAGAAAGGAGACUGAAGGUUCUAUGCAUUGACUGCCAUGAAAGAAACAGUGAUGACCUUGGAAGAACGCAUUGUUCUGAUUCCUCAUCCAUCAACAUCCAACAAAAAAACUACGAUGGCUAUGUGAUUGCAAGCGAUGUAAGGAUCAUUCAGUCCUUGCUGCUCAAUCCGAAUUGCUCGAUAACUACAAGCUUGUACCUAUAUCUGCAUGUACCACCUUCCACUACAAGCAACGCAUCGAAAGGGCAAAGCACUAGCACAAAACCUUGCUGCUAUAGUGAUGUCUUACUACAACUUCAGGGGGUUCUUGCUAAUGUUUCUGAUGAUGAGAUCGUCACCACAUGGCCUGCACCGUUAGAUUUCCAUAUGGAGGUUGGUGAAGGUAUUUGCUUCAGUGACAUGCAGAGCAGAAUGGCAAUCGAAGCUAUGGACUUUAUAAUGAGACUGUAUGUUGAUUCCCUACACGUCCAUGACAAUUCAAGAACAGUCCUUGGUGUUACACCGAAGCUGGGAAGAUUGGAUGGAGUAAAACUGUAUCGCCGUAUCUUUCUCAAAUGGUGCCGCGUGGAGAGAUGCCCAAAGUUACAGGCGGUGUUUGUCUCCUACGAUAGUCGGGUCAAUUAUAUUUUCAAUUCACUGACGACCAUUUGGGCAUCCGAUCUCCUCGCAGCUCGCUGCAUUUGGCAUAAAGGAACAAUAUGCAACAGCGAGAAAAAUUUUGAAGCACUGAAGAGCAUACACUUGCACAACUGCCCAAGGCUCAAGUAUGUCCUCCCUUUGGGAAGCCUCACCUUGCCCACAUUGAAGACUCUCCACAUAACACACUGCAGUGAUCUAAGGCAUGUCUUCCCACGGGAUGUCGACGUACCAGCUGAAGUUGAAGCACAACAUACAGUAAGGGAAUUCAAGAUGCUGGAGCACAUCUACCUGGACGACCUCCCUAGCCUGGAAAGGAUAUGCGAGGGAUGCUCCAUGUCCGCCCCCGUGCUCCAAUGCGUCAAACUCAGGGGCUGCUGGUCCCUCAGGCGCCUCCCCAAUGUCGGCCAUGACUGCCACCCUCGGCCUGUUGUGAACUGCGAGAAGGACUGCUGGGACAAGCUGGAGUGGGACGGGCUAGAAGUUGGCCAUCACCCUUCUCUCUAUGACCUGUGCCAAUCGUCAUCCCACUACAAGAAGCCGCUCCCGACAGGCACGCUUCUACGGUAACCCAACAUUUAUAUGAUGAUGGUCACUAGUGUCCAGGUUUGGUAAUGCUCAGAUUUGUGACGUGUUUUCUGCUACUAUGGUUGCUGCAGUAAGGAGGAUGAAAGUAAUGGCUUCUAAUCAAUUCGUGUGUGCUUGCACUAGUUAUCAAGAAUAAAUUGAUGCUGCCUGCGCAUCAUGGCACAAAGUUGGUGUGUUUGAUACUUUGUUAAUCUUGAUGUAUGCAUGUCUCAAUAUAUGAGACUAAUGUGUACCAUCCCAUCCUUUACUACUUGUCUGAUUGUCUGUGUGCUUGGAUUUGAUUGAAAUAAUGGGGGUGUACAUGUGCCUAUGUGGUCACAAGACACUAAAGCCCAAUGGUGUGUGUGUGUCGAGCAUGUCAUGCUCAAAACACAAUGAGGGAGAAUUUUGUGAAGUGUGUGAUUGAUGUGACAUCAAGCUCUUCUUAAUGCUAUCUGAAGUAAAAUGAAAAUCACUUGGCGUGAUUUUGCAUGGUGUUG